CGACACUAAAAAGACACCUGAAAAUUUUGUCCUGCUUCGCUAGUGAGCUGGACUGGAGAGGGGGGUCAAUGGGUCAUUCCACCGUCGCCGAAAAAGAAGGCCGUCGACACCCGGUCCACAUCCCGAGGGGGUUGCAACUGGAGGUGCGACCCGCUCUUGUUCUUAUCAAAAAGAGUCAUUCGUUCCUGAAGGAUUAAUCCGAGUCACCCAUUGAGUGAUCUCCAAUCGUACCUUCCGAUCGCCCCAUAAAGACCACAACAACAUACUGCACUGCGCAGUUUUGCGUCUUGGUUCUGAUCCGUCCAGUUCCGUCCCGUCCACCACCACCAACAAAGCAGAUCACCAACAACAACCACAACCAUGUCGAUUCCCGUGGUAACCACCAUUGAGCUCCAGUCGCUGCCCAAGCUGACCAGCGGCAAGGUCCGCGACCUGUAUGAGAUUGAUGACAAGACACUGCUGUUCGUUACUACCGACCGCAUUUCGGCGUACGAUGUCAUCAUGGCCAAUGGUGUCCCCCAGAAGGGCGCCAUCCUCACACAGCUUACUGCUCACUGGUUUAAAGUCCUCGGGGAGCGGAUUCCAGGUCUCAAGACGCAUUUUAUCAGCCUCACUCCUCCCCCCUCGGUCAGCGAUGAAGACAAGUCCUUGAUCCGGGGCCGUAGCAUGCAGGUCAGGAAGCUCAAGGUCUUCCCCAUCGAAGCUAUCGUUCGUGGCUAUAUUACUGGUAGCGCCUGGAACGAGUAUCAGAAGACGGGCACGGUCCACGGCAUCCCCCAACCUGCCGGCCUUCAGCAAUGCUCUCCUUUCCCCAAGCCCCUGUACACCCCGAGCACCAAGGCAGAGCUGGGCGACCACGACGAGAACAUCUCCCCCGAGAAGGCGGCCGAGAUUGUUGGAGACAAGUACGCGGCGCGCAUCGAGGAGUUGGCGCUCAAGGUCUACUCCACUGCGGCCGAGUAUGCGCGCGAACACGGCAUCAUCAUCGCCGACACCAAGUUCGAGUUCGGCCUGGAUGAGGAGACGGACGACAUUGUUCUCAUUGACGAGGUCUUGACCCCUGACUCGUCACGCUUCUGGCCGGCCAGCGAGUACGAGGUCGGACGAGACCAGGACAGUUUCGACAAGCAGUUCCUGCGCAACUGGCUCACUAAGGAGGGGCUCAAGGCCAAGGACGGCGUCGAGAUGCCGCAGGAGCUUGCUGAAGCCACGAGCGCCAGGUACAAGGAGGCCUUCAAGCUGCUUACGGGCAAGACAUUGGAGGAAGCCCUUGGUGAGCUUUGAGAGUUCUACAGGAUGGGGCUUGUUUUGUUGGGUUUGCUGUUGUUACUAUGUGAUCUGAUAGUUUGCUGGGAAAAGGAGUGACCGGGAAAGGCCUUCAAAAGGACUCGGCACUGUAACGAAAAUACUGGAUACACUCAAAAACAGGAGGCUGAGAAGGGGUAUUGUGAUAGACGCGAAAAAAAAAAAAAAAAAACGAGGCGUGGAAUUUGUCAGUCGGGGUAUGGCAGGACAAGCAAUUCCCAGGCCAAAGAAAGUAUCAACAGGUUAUGUCUGACCGCUGGUGAUAAUGGAAUGGUGAACUGGUAUAAGACCAGAAUCAACGUCAACAGAUUCCCGGUCAAACUGUUGAUCGGGUUGGAACUUGGGUUAACAGCACGACCACGGAACAUUCGGGUCACCACAAGUACCUCUAGACGGAGUUUCAGUCAAGAAAAGCUAGGUUGAUAAAAGUUCGUGUUCUCGAAAAAAAGGGGGGGUCUUUUGUUUAUUUUAGAAACUGUUGCAAAUCAUCAUCAGAUACUGCAGCUAAUCAACUCGUCGAGCUGGCAUGUGCGCUGCAAAAUCCAAACCGCCAGCCCUCAGAUCUGCGGCCACCAUUCCGGCCUGCCCGCCAGCCGUUACUUCCGU